GUUAACUAGAAUGAAUGAGUCAGACAAAGAGAAUAAGAACGGUAUCAGGCUCAAUAACAGGAGGAUUAUCGGGAAUUAUUAGCUUAGUAUUGAAAUUAUGUUAAUAACCAGUUAAAACAUUGGGAGAAGGUACUUUUGGAAAGGUGAAGCUGGCCGUUCAUUUGAAAUCACAGGAGAAAGUGGCAAUUAAAAUAUUGGAGAAGGAGAGAAUAGUAGAAGUGGCAGAUGUAGAACGAGUGUCCAGAGAAAUACACAUCUUGAAAUUGAUUAGACACAAACAUGUAAUUCAAUUGUACGAAGUAUGCAUUUCCAUUCAAUAUGUAGAUAAUUGAAACUCCCAAGCAUAUCUUUAUAGUGAUGGAAUUUGCAAAUGGAGGGGAGCUCUUUGAAUAUAUAGUCAAACAUUAACGACUUUAAGAAAUUGAGGCCUGCAAAUUUUAUCAAUAACUGAUAUCAGGUAUCGAGUACUUGCACAAACUCUGUAUCGUACAUCGAGACCUCAAGCCAGAAAAUCUACUCUUAGACUUCAACAAUUCUAUAAAAAUCGUAGAUUUUGGAUUAGGGAACACAUACAAAAAAGGUGAAUUGCUUAAAACAGCAUGUGGCAGUCCCUGUUACGCAGCUCCAGAAAUGAUAGCUGGCCAGAAAUACGACUGUUUGAUGGUUGACAUUUGGAGCAGCGGAGUCAUCCUAUUCGCUAGCAUUUGUGGAUACCUGCCCUUUGAGGUAUGAUUUAAAUACAUAAUUCAUUCAAGGAUCAAAACACCUCAGCUCUCUAUAAAAAAAUACUCAACGGAGAAUACUAGAUACCCAAAUUUGUUUCAAAUGAAGGAGCCAAUUUUAUCAAGGCAGUUUUAACAACCGAUCCCAAAAAGAGGAUUACUGUUGAACAAAUGAAAGCACACCCCUGGUUUAACCUCUACUAAAGUUAGUCCAAGAUCUCCCCAGGAAUCAUCGUUGGAUAUAACAGAAUGCCUAUUGAUGACUCAGUUGUAGAUUCUUUAUCCCAACAAGGCUAUGACAAAGAAUACAUCAUUAAGUGUUUAGAUGCCAACAAACACAAUGAUGUUACAACUGCUUACUAUUUGGCAUUGAAACGCAAUUUAAUCAAUGGAAUUCAAUCCAAAGCUGACAUUAACAGCAGCGUUUUCGAAGAAUCCCUAUUGGAACCUAAAUAAAGACCCAAAAAACGUACUCAUCCAUUAUAAUAUCUCGUUAGCUCCCAUUUCCAAUAUCGUCGCCACUUCCAUCUUCAAAUAAAAUAGAUCUGGUUCAGUUUAAUAGAAUGGACAAACCAACAACAAUUCUUAAAAUAGAGGCAAGAGUGUUCCAUAAGCCAUUAGUGAUGACCAAACCUAAAUGCUUGUUAACUAUGCUCAUAAGAUGAAAUACCAACCCAUCAAUCCACAAUAGAAAUUUGCCAUACCAACAGAUGUCACUCAAAUAAUCUCACUUUAAUCUGUCGAUGACACUUUAGAGAGACCCAAAUCCAUCUCUUAUCACAUUCCCAAAAAGACUCCUACCAAUCACUAGUCUUCAGAACACAAUAAAAGUAAGACUGGUGUCUAAAGAGAUUCUGUCUCACCACAGUCGAAAUCUAAAUAAAAGAAAAGCCUGCAAACUAAAUAAGUGAAUUCCUCCUUUGAAUAUGUCAGUGUCAAUAACUACAGUACCAAACAAACUGAAGAACGCAAGAAAAGCAAUAGCAAACAUGGAACCAAAGAUUUAUUUGAUUUAACCAACUAUCAAAAAAAGUUAAUGAUUGAUUGCAAUCAAAAACCUACUAGCCAAUUAUGGCAAUUACAAAAUAACUUUAGAUAGAACUCUAGAUUGUAUGAGAUACCAACUUCGACUAAAACUAGUAACUCUGUCAAUAAAAGAUCAAAAGUUAUCAAACAAGAAAAUAACAAUAAGAGUACAAAUCAAAAAAGUACUUUAAAUAAUAGUUUUAAUUUUGAUAAAAAAUCCUAUUAUAAUUGA